UUGAAAGUAUGAUGUCCGGUUCAUACUUUUGAUGCAGAUUGCAAACAUGAUCGGAUUCAAAUCCAAAUUUCUCCAUCGAUUACAACAAGAGACUUUAUUCACUUCCAAAUAAAAAGGCUUUAUUAGUUUAACAAAUUGAAACUCACUAAAUCGAAUUCAAACCAUUGACUUGGGGUCAAGCAAGCCAAACCAACUUUAGAGUAGACUGACUGACUGACUAAAAACUUCUUGUUAUUUGUAGCAGGGCCUAUACACAGACACAAGCCCAUACUGUUGGGCAUGGCGUUGGAGACCAGACAUCAUCGUAGUUUGCUCACGCAAUUAAUUUCUCUCCUCUCUGCCUCUUUCUUCUUUACCUGUUCCUACGGAUAUAUCCUCGGACUCCACCCUCUUGAUGAGAAGUACUUUGAUUCAGAGGUGAUCAAGUGCAAGGAUGGCUCCAAAUCCUUCACCAGAGACCGUGUCAAUGACAAUUUCUGUGAUUGUGUUGACGGGACUGAUGAGCCCGGAACUUCAGCCUGUCAGGCAGGGAAAUUUUAUUGCAGGAAUGUAGGAAGUAAACCUCAGUUUAUAUUUUCUUCUCGCAUUAAUGAUCGAUUUUGUGAUUGCUGUGAUGGAAGUGAUGAACAUGAUGGUAGCGUCCAUUGUACCAACACAUGCGUUAUGGGUGGGAAUAUUGAGUACAUGACCAGCAGUAAUUUCUCAACAAGCCUUGACAUGAGCUCUAUUGAUGUAAAACAAACAAAAAGUGAAGUUUUUAUGGAGGACUUGAUCCAAAAGCUUAAAGGUCUGAAGGUAUUAAUUAUCCUACAGGUGGUUCUCAUUUGUUUUGCGGUGAUUUUUCGAAUUUUCCAUCGCCGUACUAGAUCUAAAAUAAGGCGUUAUCGUUGAAGGAGUCCACCAAACACAUGUAGCUGACAGCUAUAUUCUGAUUCAGACCCUUUAACAGAGAUUGGUUGAUUUCUUUAUGGUUCUUUGGCAUAUGUGUAUGGCUCUAAUUCAAAAAUUGCUUUUUUUUGCAGGUUUUCCCUCCUUCCUCAGAUUGGACUAUUCUUAAUUUUCAAGCCUGACAAGCUCCAAAUUAAAUUUGAGUUCAUUGGGUCUGUACAAGUAUUUGCUGCUGGGUAAGGAGCAAUAUAGUGUAUGGAUGUCUGCUGCUGAAAACUACAUUUCAAAUGUAAGCGGUGCAUACUUUGGCUUGGUAUCAUGGAUAGUACAUGAAGUACAAUAACUUGCCUCAGCUUUUUGAAGACAUAAUAAUAUAGGAUUGAUACGGAUGCAGGGGGAGUUUGGUUAGAGUUCCGAUUUAUCUGUAAAAAUUACUUUUUUUUACCACGAGGAAGAUUAUCAUUUCUGCUCGUUAUGCUACUCGUUCUGAUUUUACCUUGGACAUGAUCUAUCACAUUCACAUAUCCAAAUUAAUAUACAGCAUGGUGCUCUUUACAAAGUUGUUGAAUAUACACCCUUCGUUAGAAUUUCAA